UUCAUUUUCCAACUAAAACCUCUUAUCUCUCUUUUCCAUAUUCAAUUUUGCCGCAUAGCAUUUUCUGCAGAGCUUCAGCUGCAAUAAUAAUGGGGAUUGUGAGGCAGGAGGCGACGCAGAAGGCGGAGCUCGAGGAAUUCCGCCGGAUGCUGCUAUCGUGCGCCGCGGUCAACCGGCAGAAGGACGGCGACGGAUUCGGCGGCGCCAGGGAGAGCUCGAUUCCCGGUCGCGGAGGCGACGUCUUCGACAGGAUGGUCUGCGUCACCAGCGGCGUCUCCUAUCUCGGCAUCGCCAUCGUCAAUCAGCUACUAGUCAACGGUUACUCUGUUCGAAUCAUCGUCGAUAAUGAAGAGGACGUUGAGAGGCUGAGGGAGAUGGAAACAUCCGGUGAAAUGAGGUUGAACAACAGUGUGGUUGAAGUUGUGAUGGCCAAGCUCACCGAGGUCGAGAGCCUAACUGAGGCAUUUGAUGGUUGUCGUGGUGUCUUCCACACUGCUGCAUUUGUGGACCCAGCCGGGCUUUCCGGCUACUCUAAAACCAUGGCUGAUAUUGAAGUAAAUACGAGCAAAAACGUAGUGAGGGCCUGCGGGAUUUCUCCUACUGUUAGACAUUGCGUGCUCACCUCGUCUCUCUUGGCCUGCAUUUGGUGUGACAACUCUAGUGACGAGGCCCCACACCUCAUCGACCACAAGUGCUGGAGUGACGAGGCUAUAUGUGUAAACAAAAAGCUCUGGUAUGCGCUCGGAAAGCUGAGAGCAGAGAAGGCUGCGUGGGAGAUUGCUAAAGCCAAUGGCGUGAAGCUGGCCACCAUAUGCACUGGGCUCAUCACCGGGUCGGAUUUCUACCGGAGAAAUCCAACACCUACCAUUGCAUACCUUAAAGGAGUCGAAGAAAUGUACGCGUAUGGCUUGCUGGCAACAGUUAACAUCGACACACUAGCCAAGGCACAUGUGCGCGUCUUUGAGGAGAUGAAGAAGACAGCCCCGGGCAGGUACAUUUGCUACGACAAAGUGAUAGAAAGAGGGGACGAGGUCGAGAGGCUGGCUGCUGAGACGGGCAUAAGCGCAGCCUCAGUAACGGGGGGCGCCUCAUCUAGCAACCGGCCUCGGUAUGAGCUGUCGAAUGCAAAGCUUAGGCAGCUGAUGUUGAGACCACGCCGUUGUGUGAAUGAAUGAUGAGAUGGGAUUAUAAAUCAAAUUUUGAUGUAUCAUUUGUUUGGUGUUGGUGUAUAGUGUAUGUAUUAUGAAUGUGGUGGAGAAUUAGUGUACGUGUGAAUUGUUCUUCCAUGGUUAAGAAUUUGUGAUUAUAGUUUAAAUAAAAGAUGAUAAUACUAUUGUUAGGUUAGUAAAA